AUUGUCGUGGACAGGGCUGAGUCACUGGACUAGAUCCAGUCCAGUGCUUUAAACAUUUGAGUCCUCCAUUCUCGUGAGUAUGACAAGGAGUGGAGCUCAAGAUGUAACUUGAAUUAGAAAAAGUUUAUGAAGAAAUCCUCAAACGGCUUUCCAUAACGAAUUUAACUAUUUUUUUCAAAAACUAGAUGUAAAACUAUUGGAAAUAUGCGCCACAAAAAACAGUCAUUAUGCUAACGCCCUGAAAUAAUAGAAAGUGGACUUGUAAAUUGGCUAUUGCUGGUUAAAAUUAUUAUUGGCUACUACUCAUACCUUUUUGACACAGUGUUAUCUUUGUAAUGGCAAAGUCAUUGACACGGCUCUGAUGCAAGUGCAGCUAUACCUAAUGUUGUGACUGUUGUAUGUUUGGCAUAUUUACCUCAAGAACGUUUCCAACUUUUUAUUUAAUUCACCCAUUCUAAACCAACAAGCUCAAACUCCAACGGGUAAUUUCUUGAACUAUUUCAAAAGCUGUCGUCUGACCUCUAGUGGUCAAUUGAAGAACCCCUCAGGAAGAACUUGUUCUGUGUCUUAGUGCAAAUAUUGUACAUUUCCCAAGGUGAACAAAGUCGAAUGACAUAAUGGCUAUAAAGGUUACAUUGGUCCAAACUAUCUUGGCAAGCAUUGCAUUGUUAGUGAUGUUCUCUAAAAAUAAAACAUGUGGCUUUGAUGCUGAAUGGCAUUGCAACAUAUCGAUGGAAAACAGAAAAGAGAGUCGCCUUUGUGAUGUAGGCCCUUUGACUCCACUUACUUGUCUAUGUCUCACUUCCCAGUCUAGCAACAUAACUAAGAUGGAUUCCUACCAUGUUUUGGAACAAGUGGGGCAGGGUUCCUUUGGCCGAGUUCAUAAAGGAAUGAAAAAAUUUACAGGCCAAGUAGUAGCUCUGAAGUUCAUUCCAAAGAUGGGACGUUCCAAUAAAGAGCUGCAGAGUUUAAAGAAAGAAAUCACUAUUAUGAGUAACCUUCAGCAUCCUAACAUUGUGAAGCUUUUUGACAGCUUUGAAACUGAAACCGAGGUAAUUGUUGUGACCGAGUAUGCUGAGGGUCAGUUAUUCCAGAUCAUUGAAGUUGAUGGGAGCUUACCAGAAAGCCAGGUUUGUGAGAUUGCCUGCCAGCUAGUGUCAGCUCUGUAUUAUUUGCACUCCCGUCGUAUUCUCCAUCGAGACAUGAAACCACAAAAUAUCCUCUUUGAUAAAAACGGUGUGGUGAAACUGUGCGACUUUGGGUUUGCUCGGGCAAUGAGCAUCUCCACCAUGGUGGUGACUUCAAUCAUGGGAACGCCACUGUACAUGUCCCCCGAGUUGGUGGCAGAAAAGCCUUAUGACCACACGGCCGACCUCUGGGCGCUAGGCUGCAUUCUUUAUGAAAUCCACACAGGAAUUCCACCGUUUCGUGCCGAUUCCAUCUUCCAAUUGGGACAGCUCAUCGUGAGCGACCCCAUCCAGUGGCCAGACAAUAUGAGCAGCACGUGUAAAAGUUUCCUGAAAGGUUUGUUAAUCAAAGACCCACAGAUGCGACUGUCAUGGCCAGACCUCCUGCAUCAUCCUUUUGUUGCUAAUGGUGUUAAAGUGAUUCCAGACGAAGCUAUUUUUAGUCCUCUAACAGCCACACUUGACCCAGACAUGUUGGCGCGGAAACUGAAACAAAUGGCAGAAAAGACGUCAACAGACACUGGAGAGAAGAGAAUAUUUCGAAAGCUUCGGGAGCAAAGAAACAAAAGCAACAUGAAGAAAGUGGUGGACAGUGCUAAUGAAAAGAGGGAUGGAGUGGAAUCUGAAGGAGAUUGCGGAGCGGCAGUAAUGCAACUUUUGGAUUCAUCCGCCCCUGUUGAUAACACCUCAGAUAAUUCAACCUUUGCACCUCCAAGUUUUGAUCAAACCAACCAAAUUGAGACUACAUCAAGUCAAUUAGACAGGGGUCCCAUCAGUCGGGACUAUGAACGAGAGUUUCCCUCAGUAGAGGUUGGGCCACGACUACAGACAAGGACACGCAAAUGUUCCACAGCGGCUGACAGUGAGGAAUUCUGGGAGAAGCUUCUUGAGGAGUCAGAUCCAAGCCAAAAAAAACAAGAGUUCAACUAUAGUACCAUUAUUUCCAAACUGAGAUCCGCCAUUUUAGUGUUGAAGCAAGAGUUGCGUGAUGGUGUUCUAAAAAACACGUGCCACAUUGGCUACCCGCUGAAGGUCCUGCACAACCUGAUUCUGACCUCUGACCUUGCCCUAAGAAACCACAUUAACAGUGAACUUGGAUUGCCAUGUCUCUUCUUCGACUUGAUUCAUGAUUGUGUAGCGAACUCACACUUCAUUGAGCAGCCGUGGAGUCUCCAAACACUUGGAGAAAUGAUUGCUGUGCUGUUGCUCUACUGGGACAAGAACAAUGAUUGGCUGAAGGAAGAAAAUAGAGCUGAAGACUUGAUCAAGCCCUUUGUGACGAUUCUUCAUCAAGCUAACCUCAGUCCUUUAGUUCCUCUGUCGGCCUCCGUUUUGUCCCUCUUUGCUCGACACGGGGUUGCUGUCAAUGUUGACGUGGACAUGCUCGGCUUCUUGCUGAAAGAGCACGUAUUUGGAUCACAUCAACGCCAAUUUGCAUUCCUGUCAAACGGGGGGCUCUGUGACGGUCUUCUGUAUUUACUUGUGCACACACUCUCUCAGCAUGGAUGUGGAUUUUCAUGUUUGGAUCCACAUACAUUUUAUCGUCUUUGGAAAAGGACUGGAACAUCGUUAGUUUGGACAACGCCAGAAGUGGACUUUUGUUCAGCAAAUGGACUUUACUUCCUCAUGUGUGCCACUCUGAUGGUCUUUUGCAAUGAUCCAUAUUCAUAUAUUUCACUCUAUUCUAAGAGCAAGUCAACAUUUAUUUACACUCUUGUCUGGCUGCUGAGCCCUGAAUGUCUUCCUUGGUUUGCUGAAGGCAGUCCAGUGAAACUUGAAGAGGGUCUUCAACACGAGAACUUUAUUGAGUUGAGCUGCCACUUCCUUUGCCUUCCAUUUGCUUUGGACCUGACUUCACACACCAGUUCCAGGAUAUUGCAGUUGUAUGAUAGCUGUGGCGUUGCAAAAGGGCUUCUGCAGGUGAUUGAAACUCUUCCUGUUUCAUUAGUGGAACUGCCACUGGCACUUCUACGUCGCUUGUUGCUAUGUGACCGUCAGCGCUCUGUUUCCCGCCUCAGUAAAGCUGCUCGCGGCUUUUUCUCUACACCGGCGCUCACUCCGUUGGGUCAGCAGACACUGACCAGAACCGCCAGCUCUUUGCUCUCUGAUUUGCUGCAGCAUGAUGAGCUCGGGGACUCUGCUGUAGAACUCCUUUCCCUUUUAUACCUCAUCACUUGUUUUUGCUCCAAUUCGAGUCACAUUCAGCUUUACCUUGAAUCGUCCGUGCUGCUCCAGGCGCUCGGUCACUCUUAUGGACCAAUCAAGGCCGCCACAUGCAAGACUUUGGGAAUGUUGUGUCCAUUCAAGUCCCCCAAUAUGCACAAUUUACAUCCGGACAUACUCAAAAGCAUGAUAGACCUUCUCGAGGAUUCUAAUGUGCAGGUGAGGCAGGCGGCUUGCUUGUCAGUUGGCAAAUGGUUGGGGCAUAUUGCAGUCCAGGCAAAGUUGAAAGAAAGGCCGAAUGGAAAUGUCGGCAACAAUACGAACUGGUUAAAAGAGAAGGACAGUGAUGAAAACAAGGGUUCAAGCCGAGAGACAGCCAUUGGGAUAGCAAAGAAUGUGUUGGAUCAUAGCGAUAUGAGAAUGUGGCAUGAGAAAACAAGAAUGACGGGUGCCACUCAUGCAUCAAGCAGGGAGAAUAUAGACAAGCCAAGUGAUGUUGAGAUGAGACCAUGGCUGGAAGAAGCCAGGAUGACGGGAGCGGCACUGGCGUCACUGACCUCUGACCCUGAUGCCCGCACUCGUCUCUACGCUUGUGCAGCUCUGGGAAACCUGCUGCAUGUUCAAGGUGCCGUACCCGAGCUGCUUGAAGAGAGAGUGUCCAGAUUACUUCUGAGAGUCGCCUGCACAGAUUCCCACAAGGCCGUGAGAGAAAAUGCUAUUGCAACUUUAAUUUUGUACACACAUCAGGACUCAAUGCUCGAGGUUCUGCUGUCCCUAAAUGCUGAAAAGGAACUUCUUCGGGCAUCACAGCGUGCACCUUGUGAUUGUGACUAUCUUCCUCUCAUCAGACAACUGAAAGUUAAUUGAGAGAAAUCCCAGGUUGUCAUAAAUUAAUUGUCUGG